AUGGUGCUCCAGCAGCGAAGUCCCUCAAAGCACAAUCAGAUGCUGGGCAAAAAGCAGACCACGCUGAUCCCACACCCAAAGUCCACCAACUACGAUGAUGACGCUCCCGCCCGCCCACUGAAACGCAUCAAGCGCAAGGAAGACGAUGAUAAUUCCGAAUAUGCGCGCUCACCGGGCUCGCCCAAGUCUGCUGCUAGAGCCCGAAGAGUGGUUCCCGACUCCGAUGCUGAGAGCAAUGACGAGGAUGCUGACGCGCCGGACCCCGCGGCUCGGACCGAUCUCGAGAGCGCUUUGCCGCCGGUUGAGACGGACAAAGAAGCCAUUGAGGCGUACGAGAUACAACGAGCUGCCGAAGAAGCCAAGAGGCUGGGCCAGGGUGACCGGCUAAAAGAAGGCAAGUGGGUGAAAGGGAGAAGCUCCAUCUACGUCGAUGCUUUCAACCUUGCGUUGGACACUGUCCUGGAGGAAGAGCGCCACCUCUUUGACGAAGCAGAGAUAGAGGUCUUCUCACAGUGGCGAGCUCUAGACUACGAGGCGCAGUACUUAUACGUCCGUCUCUUCCUCCGGAAAACGUCAGCCUGGCACCGCAUCAAUAAUCUGGGGUACCACAGUGACAUUGCAGAUAUCGAUGCGGCAAUUGAAACUCUCCAGCAAGAGAGAUUAUUGCCUGAUUCGGAAGCUCCAGUGCAAAGCAAUCCAGGCGAGCUUGAACCUCCAGAAGGCACAACCCUUGGACCCUCGUUCACCUUUGCGGACAGGUCAGAAAACCACAUCGACACGCUUGAAGAAGCAUCAUCAUUGCUAAAGCUGGACGAGCUAAAAGCAUUGGCAAAAGAUGCCAAAGUCCAAGGCAAAAAUAAGCAGGAGCUCCUCAGAUCUUUUAGGAGAGCAAGCCAAAAACAGACAGGGCUCGGAUGGGUGGGCCUGAAGCGCUCCGACACCGAAGCAUCCACAAAAUCCACUGAUGGCGAUCCUAAUAGCCCCUCAACACGUGAAAACACGCCUUUGCCCGAGGAUGCGAACAGGGACGCCCAUUGGGUACGGAAGAUCAUGUCCGAGACAGGCCCCUGCAUACGGCUUUCCUUGCCGGCGCUAAAAUUAUUUGAGAGAGUUCAUUUGGUCUUCUACCGAUCCACCGAAUGGACUGAAAAAUCCCUGACGACAAUCAUCCUGGCCAGGAUAGCCCGGCGCAAUUUUCCAGACUACAUCGUGUCCAGGUCAGCGAAUAUUUUUGCAUCCCGAGCCCUGCUGCUCGAAUUCGAAGCAUCUCUCCGGACACAGUUCCGGGUUGACAGCAUUCUGGAAUUCAACGGCACGCCGAGUCCCGCAGACUUGCGAACGAUUCUCGAUUUAUUUGAACAGGUGUAUCCCCGCUGGCUUGUGCUGCUCCAGGAAGAACAAACCAAAGAGGAUAGUAUAUACAUCAGUGGUGAAGGUGCAUAUCUAAGACGGCUAUCUCCUGCUUGGGUUUACACCCGAAUUGUGCACAAAGCUACAUAUGUGCUUGGGAAAUUUAAACAACACAAGCGCGAACACGAACUAUUGACGGAAUUGCUUGCUCAACGCUUGUUCCACGCGUCACGCCGUGGUGCUUGGUAUCAACGGAAGGCCUUGUUGGAAGAGCAUUACAUGGCAUCUCUGAUGCCAUCAGAAGGGCGCAGUGAAGAAUCACAAAAGAAGCAUUGGAGACAAAUUGCACUUCAUACGUGCGAGGAGGGGCUGCAGGAUCACCUUGUGCAUCAAAUAUACCACUACGACCUCCAGAAGCGCGUCACAAAGCUCGAGAAAGCACUCAAGAUUGCCAAACGCUUUCAGCAUUCUUUCGGCCAUGUCCGACUGGCUGCUCCCGUCGAAGUGACUAUCGAGGGUAUUAAGCUCGAGCGGGAACCGACACCAAGUACCAACAAUCGUGGCAACAGCUCACCGUUUCCCACUACUCGCCGCGGUAUUCAACGUACCAUUUGGCUGGACGAGCGCGAAGGCGACGGCGAGUGCACUGUCGAAGCCAUGUGUCUAUCGCAUUACCGUUCGCAAGGAUGGAAAGGCUAUCAUAGUGAAGGCGGCAUUGUGCGGACGCUCUUCGCGUACCUCUUCUACGACAUCCUCUUUACGUACGUGCCCAACGUCUUCCAGACGCCCUUUCAAACGUGCCCGCUCGACCUCCAUACCGACGCCUUCUACCCAACCCGCUUGUCGGAGAUCAACCAUCGUCUCGUGCAGAUUGCAAACGGCGAGGCGGCGCGCCUGAUGCGCGAGGUGUGGGAUGCGCAUGCAGAGCGGAAAACGUGCAUUAUUGGUCUCGAUUGGACGUUCGAGAUUGAGGAUUUGAUGGAGAUUGCAGGGUGUUUUGAGGGCGAGGCAUUGGCGACGGUGUGCAGGGUUAUGGCGCAAGAGUACGGGCAAAGAGGCGGAGGGGUGCCUGAUCUGUUCUUGUGGCGUCCGGACAUGGGUAAGGUCAUGUUCGCGGAGUUUACUCUCGCAAUCAUGGCGGACGCCUCGGACUCCAACUCCAACGCCCUUAUCGCGGAAGCUGCCACCUCUACCGUCGAUGAAGUCCUAUCCAGUCCUUCUGUCGGCAUUGCUUCACCCUCACACAACCCCAACAACAACGGCAGCACCAUGCAUCCGCCUACCACCUCGGCUUCUGCACCUACCAACAGCAACGACGGCCACCGUAGUAGUCACCCUCAGCUCACCAGCACCAACGACCAGACGCAACCGAUCCUCGGCGUCGAGGCCAAGAGUCCCGCUGCUGCUGCUGCUGCUGCUGCUGCUGCUGCUGCUGCUACUACGCCCAACCGUCCGCCCAAGAGCCGCCUCGACCUUUGCCUCGAGACGAUGGACUUUACGAGCAUGCUGGCGCAGCACAAGGCGACGGUAGAAGCGGUGCGCGACGCCGUCGGCUCCAUCGAGGCGGCCGCGGCGCGGAUCGAGCACCGGGUCAAGGCGUCGUCGGCGGCGGCGCAAACCAGCAACGGCAGCGCCCGUAUGAUGAAGACGAAGGACAGGCGCAUCGUGUGGCUGAUGAUGAAGGUCAUUCUGCGGAAGGAUGCGGAGGUUCUGAAGAAGAUCGAGUCGGAGCUCCAGCGCACGCAGCACAGCAUGUGGAAGCUGAGCCGCGAGAUGCGCCUCAUCAGCAUGAAGCACAGCGAGGGCGAGGACAUCGAGCACGAAAUGUACGAGAUGCUCGAGGGCUUCGUCAUGGCGCUCACCAGCAGCCGCGGCGAGGACAGAACCAAGUGGGGCGAGGACGGCGUCGAGCUCGGCCAGAUUCUGGACGAGAUCAAGGCGGAUAUGGAAUGGUGGGAUGACGGGAAGGACGACUGA